AUGCUGUGUACAAUACAUUUCGACUAUAUUCAUAUCCGCACAUAUAAACAGGAGAAUCUCAAUAACAUAUUUGCAACCUACAUACAGUUGCAUCACGCAGCCCGACUCACAUCCUCCACCACCUCCACAGCAGCCUUGCUAUUGCCACCUUCCGUAUCCUCCGGCGCAUCUUUCCGACAGGCCCUUGGUCUCCGGGAAGAAGAAGUAGAUGACCGUGAAGUUGCUCGCCAGCACGCAGCACCACACAAUGUAGUACCGCCACUGGAUCGCGUCCAGCGCGAUCGCGUUGACGAACCCGCUGAACAGGUUCGCCCCUGUGUCACCGAACUGCUUCAGCACCUGCGUCUUCGCCCGCAGUCCGUACGGGCUGAUCUCCAUGUAGUACGGCUCCUGCGUCGGCGACGCCAUCUUGUAGAACGCGCCGAAGAGGAAGAUCAUGGCGACUGUCGCGCCGCUGAGCCCCGGAUUCGAGAAGUUGUGGCUCUGGUUGAUACCCGUGCACACCGUCAGCAGCAGAUACGCCACGAACAUGCCUGCCAUGCCGCCCAGGAACAUCAUCCGGCGCCCCAGCCGGUCGAUCAUCAGCGAGAAGAAGAUGCCGAACACGAGCCCCUCGAUCGUGUACCCCCCGUUGAUCAGCAGCUGCGUCUUGGUCCCCGUCACGCCGAUCGAGUCCAGCACCAGAUGCAGGUAGUACGACACCAGCGCGUUGCCGCACCACUGGAUCAUGAACCCCAGACUCAGGAUGACGAAGAACCGGUAGCGAUUCGCCGGCGUGCGGAACCACUCCAGCCACGACGCCCGCGACUCGCUCUUCUCCUGCUCCAGCGCGUAGUCGAUCUCCGCCAGCUCGAACUGCAACAGCGGCGAGUUCUCGUCCCCGUCUGCGUGGUAUUUCGCCAGGAUCCGCUUCGCCUCCUCCCGCCGGUUGUUGAACACCAGCCACCGCGGCGACUCGGGCAUGACGAACGUCAUGAUGAUCUGGAAGAUGGACGUGACGGCCUGCAGCAGACUGGGCAGGCGCCAGCUCCACGACGACGCCAUGAACGCCGUGCCGUACGUGAUCCACGCCGCCAGGAUCUGGCCCAGCGACCCCGUCGCGUUCAGAAUGCCAGUGAUCUGCGGCCGCUGCGACGGAUAGGCCAGCUCCGAGAUCAGGAUCGGACAGGCAGACUGCUGUAUGUUGUUGCCGAAGCCGAUCAGCACACGGCCUAUGACGAACAUGGCCACAUUGGUCGCGGCCGUCUGCAGCGCGAUGCCGACGAGCAUGAUGGCCGACCCGAUGGCGAUGGGCUUCUUGCGACCGAACCGCUGGAUCAGCGGGUUGACGACGAACAGCGCCGCCGCCUGCCCAAUGCGCGUGCCGUUGGUGAUCAGCCCCAGCCGCGAGCCCUUGGGGUGCCCGAAGUAGUCCUGCCACUGUGGGAUGAUCUGCAGCCCGUUGAGCAUCGACCCGUCGUAGCCGUUGGUCACGUCCGACGCGAUGCAGCCGAGCAGCAGUAG